AUGCUGUCGGGUUCCCCCGGCGGCCAGAGCCCGCCGGCGCCGUUCCCCAGCCCCCCGCCGCCCGCCCCGGCCCAGCCGCCGCCUCCGUUCCCCCAGUUCCACGUCAAGUCGGGCCUGCAGAUCAAGAAGAACGCCAUCACCGACGACUACAAGGUCACCAGCCAGGUGCUGGGCCUGGGCAUCAAUGGCAAGGUUCUGCGGAUCUUCGACAAGAGGACCCAGCAGAAAUUCGCGCUCAAGAUGCUCCAGGACUGCCCCAAGGCACGCAGGGAGGUGGAGCUUCACUGGAGGGCCUCCCAGUGCCCACACAUCGUGCACAUCGUGGAUGUCUACGAGAACCUGUAUGCAGGGAGGAAAUGCUUGCUGAUUGUCAUGGAGUGUCUUGAUGGUGGAGAACUCUUUAGCCGAAUUCAGGACCGAGGAGACCAGGCGUUCACAGAAAGAGAAGCAUCAGAAAUCAUGAAGAGCAUUGGCGAGGCCAUCCAGUAUUUGCAUUCUAUCAACAUUGCUCAUCGGGAUGUCAAGCCUGAGAACCUCUUAUACACUUCCAAAAGGCCCAAUGCCAUUUUAAAGCUCACUGAUUUUGGCUUUGCAAAGGAAACCACCAGCCACAACUCUUUGACCACUCCGUGUUAUACACCGUACUAUGUGGCUCCAGAAGUGCUGGGCCCUGAGAAGUAUGACAAGUCCUGUGACAUGUGGUCCUUGGGUGUCAUCAUGUACAUCCUGCUGUGUGGGUAUCCCCCAUUCUAUUCCAACCAUGGUCUUGCCAUAUCUCCGGGCAUGAAGACUCGCAUCCGAAUGGGCCAGUAUGAGUUUCCUAACCCAGAAUGGUCAGAAGUUUCAGAGGAAGUGAAGAUGCUUAUCCGGAACCUGCUGAAAACAGAGCCCACUCAGAGAAUGACCAUCACAGAGUUCAUGAACCACCCUUGGAUCAUGCAAUCCACAAAGGUCCCUCAAACUCCACUUCACACAAGUCGUGUCCUGAAGGAGGACAAGGAGCGGUGGGAAGAUGUCAAGGAGGAGAUGACCAGUGCCUUGGCCACAAUGCGUGUGGACUAUGAGCAGAUCAAAAUAAAGAAGAUUGAAGAUGCGUCCAACCCUCUGCUUUUGAAGAGGCGCAAGAAAGCUCGGGCUCUGGAGGCUGCAGCCCUUGCCCACUGAGCCGCCCCACCUCCUACCCCCCUGGAAGAUAAGCAAUAACUCUCUACAUGAAUAUAUUUUUUAAGCGAAGAGACACAGACUGCCCCUUCUGUCUCCUGCCCACUUCGGCUGUAUGGUGCCCAGAAAGGCGUCCUUGGCUGACUUCUGCCUUUGGCGCUGGGAGGUGGGAGGCAAAGAGGAGGGGCACGGUGCUCUAGAAACUGUAUUCCUUUUGCCAUUUUAUCUGUAAUUGACUUAGAAUUUUUAUGAAAUCUCUUUUAUUAUCCUUUCCCCUACUCCUUGUCCUUUUCCAUAGGCUCCAUCUCAUCUGGAUAUUGGGGAGACUGGGGGUUACCCAAGGGUGUUGUGGAAGUUGUUACAGGGAGUGUCCCUGUGUCCCAUAUGUCCUCCCUACCUCCUGCUGCAGCCUGGAGUCCCCACUGGCUCUGGCAUCUGAGAGCUUCAGGCCCAGGGUGGGGGCUGGUGCCACCCAUCUCCUUGUGGAGCCUCAGACAUCACCAGUGUGCACAACAGAUAGGAGUGAGUGUGAGAGUGUGUGCAUGUGUGCAUGCCCAGAUCUGUGCCUGGGCCUGGGCAUAGGAGCGGCUCAAGGCAGGGCUGCAGGGAGUCCUGCUGGGGCCCAAAACCUCUCUUUCCCUGCCCGAACUGAGCCUGCCUAAGUGCCUGGGGAGCUUGUCCAGAUCCAGUGCUGGGCGUCUAUGGCUUGUGUAUUAGCUGGACUAGGGAGGCAGAGAGGAGGGUCGGGCACCUGCACAGCCAUCAGGAGGACUAGAGCCUCUCAAGACCUCCUCUCCCAUGGAUUGCUGGUCCUUGGUCCCCUGAGGCACUGAUCUGCUGAGUAGCUCUGCUUGCCCUUCUUGCUGAUUUUAACCCACUUUUGUUAAAUUCUCUGAAACGUUUAGCCAUUUCUCAGUGGGCUGCCUCUUUGCCCACAUGUAUGAGCCUGGGAAGGUUGCCCUGCAAAGCAGCUGAAUUUCAUGCGUCUCCCCCAGGCUCUGCGGCCAGCCUCCCCUGUGGACAAGUUGUCGUCCCUCAGAUUUCCACUGUGUGGCCUGGUGGGUGGGGCAGUCUUCGCACCAAAGAUGUCUUGACUCUGCCCUCUGCCUAUUACCUUACCCUCCAACAACUCAGCCUGGGUGGGGUUUCCCAGGAUUGAGGAGGAGUGGAUGGGGAGAGUCGUUUGUCCCUUGGUCCCCAAUGGGGAGGGUGGCUCUCUCAGGAGUUGGUGGUGGAGGGGUAUCCAGGCUUCUCUGGGUCUGGGUACAGGGCCUGGAUGUCUGCAGCCCCUCCUGUUUCUGUGGUGGUGUGUCCAGCACUCAAGACUGUUGUAAACUGUUGUUUUGUAUGAGCGAAAUUGUCUUUACUAAACAGAUUUAAUAGUUGAAA